AUGAGAUGCGCAGGCCAACUGCAACCAGCGUUAAGAGUAACGGAUACGCAUUCCCACGCGGAUCCAGGGAAGCAUAAAAGGAAUGACGCGUUACCUGUAAUAAUGCCACCGACCGAGAAAGUGAGGACUUCUCACCGUCCAGUUGACGAUAACGCCGUGGAACAAACAGCAACCGAAGAACCGUUAGGUACUCCGUCAACGUCCAUAGGAUCCCAAAACCUCCCUACCAACUGA